AUGUUUAUAUAUUUUAUGGUACGCGUGCUCGUGCAGGACUUUUGCUUUGGUUUUCAUUACGAGUUGUGUCUUCAGAAAGGAGUUUUCCACAAGCUACAAACAUUUAGAUAGAAGUGAAGUAAUGUUAUAAAAUAUGGAAGUGAUUGUAACGACAUUCCUUAACCCGCACAAAUUCUGGGUGUUUGAAGUAAAUAACUUAAACCAACGGAAUCGGUUGGAAAGGAGAUUAGCUCACGGUGAUUUCCCGCGUAUUUCUGCGCCCAGUCUUGGACAGCUUGCCUUAGUUUACAAGGAAACCAAGUGGCACAGAGCCUUGGUCUUAUCUGAAACCGCUCCAUUUAGCUGUUGGUUAGUGGAUUACGGGGUAGAUCACACUGCGGAUUCGGUGUAUGAAAUACUUCCAGAAUUUGCUUGUACACCACCGUUAACAAAAAAAGCAUCUUUGAAUGAUGUAGUGGGCUUGCAUCGGGAUUGCACACCAACAGGUGUACAGAAUGUUGGCGAGAUCACUUUUAGUCCUGGUAGCAAGAAACGAACGAAUGACUACUUGGGAACUGCCGAAAAAGUAUUAUUUACAUGUGUUAAAGAGAUUGGAAACACUCAUGUAGGAGAAAUUACGAUUAUUACUUCAAAGAUUUCUCUCGAAUUAUCGGAAAUAUUAAUUAAGGAACAAGUGCUAAUACGGGACCCAAUUAUGUUUUCAAAAGCUUUCAAAAUGAAUGGUGACGCAAAAGAGUUUGCAUUGUUGAAGACAUCACCGUGCAAUCCCAAGAUGUCGCAUGACCAUUUUGAUAACGAACCUUUUUUGGGUGUGGGACGGGGUUGUUCUCGUACUUCUCAACAUACUUUAAGCCCAAAUCGAUCGGUGUUAUCAUCAAGUGAAAUUGAUGAUAACGUUAAGGAUUCUCCUUAUUCAGAUUCUGAUUUGAUUUCUUCAUCAUCACAAUUAUCUAAUAAUACACAUUUAAGUGAUAAUAAUCCUAAAAGAUUGACUAUUAAGAAAAAAUUAGAGGAAUUUCUCGCUAAUAAGUCGGCAGAAGUUGAAACUAAUUCUCUAGGUAAUGGCGAAGUGUCAGGUCUAAAUAAUGAAUUGGAGGAGACAACUUCCUCACAGGAAAACCACGAAUCCCGCGAACUUAUGAGAAAGCAUCUACUAAACAACUGCUCCUGUGAGCAGUGCCUUGGAUGGAGCGAGGGCAAUUUCUACUAUAAUGCCAGAAAGAAGAUUAAUGAAGUGAAAAUGAAGAAUCAUAGACCUGUGAAACCUGAAUUAUUACUUAAAACGGAAGAAACAAGUGGAGUACCUGUAAAAAUUAAAUCUUCUUACAGUUCACAUUGUGGAAAAAUUGAACGUUCUGUUAAACCAACGGUUCUUGUGCAUAGUACCACCGUAUUAACACCUGCAACUUCAAUUACUGCCGCACCUUUCCACAAAGAUAUACAUAAAGCGUUGCGAUCGUAUGAACACGUUUAUAGCAUUCAAGGAUACGUUUGGCCUGCCGUAAUGAGGCAUCUGAAUAUUUGUAUAAUAGGGAAGAGAAAUUCGGGGAAAACUUUGGCGUAUCUGCCCGGGAUUUGCUCAUUUGAAUUAGAAAGGCAGGAGCGUUAUUCCGAUUUACCCAAACGCACUGUAAGUCCGAUUAGUCUACUUUUAUGUCCCGGCAUCGAAGUGGCCGAAAAAGUUUACCAUUUAGUAUUAAAACUAUUAAAGGAUGCGUCGCAAAAAUCUUAUGUUGCUCUUGCAGUCCCACCUGUUGAUAAAUAUAGCUUGAAUCAAUUUGAGAAGAGGGUUGACAUAUUGGUGGCAACCCCUGUAACGUUGUUAUCGUUGCUUUCAUCUAGAAUUAUUACUCUAAAACGUUUAUGUCAUUUAGUUAUUGAAAAGGCAAACGUUGUCUUAGAAAGAUUUAAGAAGGAAACUGAAGAGGUACUUAAUGUAGUACAAAGUAUGCUGUCCCAUCGUAACUGUAACUACACAGUUCAGAUGAUUCUCACAUCUGAAAAAUGGACAUAUUCCAUUGAAAAUUUAUCAAAGUCCUUGCAUAUUACACCAAUAGUUUGUAUUAGUUCGUACUUAGAAGCGGCAAUGUAUGGACGAGUGGAUAUCAAUGUGCAGUUUUUAGAAGGCAAAGCGAAAAUUGGAGCUCUUAUAAAAAUCUUAAAAGGCAAAUCUGAUAUCUGUCGUUCCAUUGUUAUAUGUAAUACGGAUGAUGAAAUUAAAGAAGUUAAACAGUAUUUGCUAAUAGCGGGAAUUAAUUGUUUGUAUAUCACUGAAGAUAUGGAGAUGGUGGAAAUCAAUAACAUCGAAUCUGCGUGGCAAAAAACAAUUGGGGGAAAACAUUUGGCUCUUUUUUGUACGGAAAAUGUGUUCAGUUGUAACAUCACUAUUACCAGUGCUGUGAUGCUUAUUAAUUAUUCAUUACCCGACACCUGGUCCGAAUUUAUUAAUCGAUUCAGGUGUAUGAUAGAGAACUACACUAGCCCUUUGGUUUCUGAGGCAAACGUUAAUUGGACUCGAUGUACCGCAUACAGUUUUAUGGAUGAAACAUGUGUAAGACAAUUUCCGAAAGUUGUCCAGUUGAUGAAGCGUUUAGGAGGAAAAUUACCACAAGAGUUUCUUAAUUAUUACGAGAAAACGCUUGAAGAUGUUGAAGCAAAAAAGUUGGCACUCGGAAUAAGUGUGUGUACAAAGCUAAAAUUGUUUGGUAAAUGCGAAUUGUCAUCAUGUGAAAUGCGCCACAUCUUGUCCAAGAAGGUCGACUACUGUAGCAACUUGCCAAAAAAUGGUACAAUCAAAUUUCGAGUUGCUCAGAUCUACAGUGUCAAUAGUUUCGGUAUAAAAAUACUCGAAGUUAAAGACGUUGACGGAAAUUUGUGCCAAUGGCAGUUGUAUGACAAUUUACAGGAGGAACUUAAUGACACUUUGGCCAAGAAAAAGCAGUGCGUAUUUGAUGUAGACGUAGGUGCUUGGUACGCCUAUCAUGCGCUCAAAGAUAAUGUUUACCUUCGAUGCUCUGUGCUUAAAAUUACACAUUUUGAGCAAAUAACUAAGCGAGCAAUGACCGUGUCAAUACAUUGCUUAGAUACUGGUGCCAAGUUUGAUGUUUCGUCCACAUUUCUAUACAAAUUGCCGCCACAAUUUAAUAACAUUCCUCCUCAAGUGAUCGAUGUCUAUUUGGCUAAUGUUGUACCAACAGAUUCUGACGAUACCUGGAGCCAUUAUUGCAAAUCAAAAGUGGAAAGUUUAUUAACCGACGCAAAUUAUGACGAAGAUGAUGCAUUUUUAAUGGGCCGAAUAUUAUUACAGUUGACAAAUAAUCUCUGGCUUGAGAAUAUGAUAGUUUAUCAAACCCUAGAAACAAGUGAUCUAGAAGUAAUUAAAUUAAAUUUACGCAAGGUUCUUUUACAACAAGGUAUUGCUAACGUUAAUGAAAAUUCAUUACAUCUGCUGUACAACUUAUGUAAAAAGUCUGACAUUGUGUUACCAAGCUACGCACUAAAUGUUGAACAAAAAACCAUUAACAGACAGCCACAACCUCAAUGGGCGCAUUUGGACGAUUCUGACUGUAUUCAGGUUUUUAUUAGCUACGUUGAAUCCCCUUCCUUGUUCUAUUUAAGAAUUGUGAGAUUUUACGAUGUGUUUGAGGAUUUCCAGGAAGAGAUACAAAAGAAUCUACAAAAACCCUUCUAUCCAGAAGUUGGGGAAAUAUUUACCAAUAAAUGUUGCUUGGUGAAAGAUGCAAUCGGUGGCGAUUUUGCUCGUUGUAUCGUAACCGAAGUGAAAGAUGAGGUUGUGAAAGUAUUUUUGGUAGAUUAUGGCAAUUGUGAAACUGUUAUGAAGUCAGAAUUAAAACAUUUACCUGACAAAUAUAUUACAAAACUUCCAUUCCAGGCUAUUGAAUGUCGUCUGUGGGGCAUUGAACCAGAUUGGGACAUCUGGGACAUCCAUGCCAUUGAAAGGCUGAAAGAUUUAAUGUUUGAACCAAACGAAAGUUAUUUUCGAAUUUUACACGCAAAUGUUUAUAAAAAAGAAGAGGCUGCAAGCACAGGCGGACUGAAAUACGCAGUUGUAAUUGCCGAUGAUUUUAACGGGAAUCUUCUGGUAAUCAACCAGGUGUUAAUUGACGUGGGAAUAGCAACCACUUUGCAUGGUGAAGAUAUCGGUGAAUUUUCUUAUCGGAAGCAAAUUUUAGAUGAAGAAGAAGACAAUGAUUCCCUUCCGGAAAUUGAACGAGAAAUGACAUUUGAAGAAAUUAAUCGAGAACAGAAGCGCCAUGUGCAAAAUGUGAGUGAUGACUCAUCCAUUGAAGCGAUUGAAGGGGUUUCAGAUGAACCAGUAUGGGACAUCGUAAUAAAUCGAUCCGAAGGAUUUUUUAAAGAGCUUCUUAACAUAAAAGAUACCUGCCCACCUACGACUUCAACAUCUACUUUACCGGCACUACCGGCACCAAGAAGCAGUUCCUUACAAGAUCAUUUUACUCCACAUGUUAUUUGGUAUCAGACAGAUACUCACAUUAAACUUAAGAUUGCAAUACCCUGCCUAGAAAAGUGUGAAAUUAAUGUGAUUCGAAAGAACGCAUUCAUUUUUGAAGGGAUAACCACUAGCGGAAAAUCUUAUACUUUAAAGAUAUUCCUGCAUGACCAUGUUUUAAAGGAAUUUGAGUACAAAUUAACUGGUCAAGAUUGCAAGGUUAGUUUAACAAAGAAGAUACCGGUAGCUUGGCCCAAAUUAGUUCUCGGAGAAAAAUCACGGAAUAUUAGCUAUGAUUAUACGAAGUAUGAUGACGAAAAACAGAGAACGUUUCUCGAUCUGGGUGGUGACCACCCAGAUGAGAUUCCUGAUGACGAAGAGGAAAUGGUUGUAUAUACUGGAUCUGAAUAUUCUAGCGGUUCAGACUCUGAAGAGUUUGACUGACGAUUGAAGACUGAUGUAUUUUUAUAUUUUUAUUUGUUACAUUUCUUUCGAUUUGAAUAAAUGAGUUACCUUUUA